CCGUGGGGCGCGCCAAGGAUGACGCGGGUUCUUUUUCUGGGCGUGAGGUCCAGUCCCGAGAGCUUUCCUAGACGGUGCUCGGAAAAAAACCUGGCUCGGGCCUUUGCUGCGCCGACCGACUGUUAGCCCCGAAGAGAGAGCUAUUCCCUGACACCUCUGCUGCUAGCCGUAGGCAAAGCAGUAACUUGAUUCCUUCGGCAAUCCAAGUGCCGAUCUCCCGCCAUUGCUAGACCCUGAGCUUGGCACAAGGGGAAUCUGCGAAGAGACCUAAGGUAGAAUGGAUCUGCCUGUGGAUGAGUGGAAAUCAUAUAUAUUUCAGAAAUGGUCUUUGCUCCCAAAGUCCAUUCAGGACACAAUUUCUACGGCAGACACUUUAAAGGAUAUCUUUCUUCACUCCUCUUCGCUUCUUCAGCCUGAGGAUGAGACGUUUUUAAAAAGUCUCGCUAGCGGUUACCUUGUGGGAAAGGACCCCAACGCUCCCCCUUUCUACAGAGAAGAAGGAAAUAAAAAAUUUCAGAAGAAGGAUUAUGUGGGAGCCACAGUGCUGUACUCUAAGGGAAUAUCCCACGCGAGGCCUCACACUGCGGACAUUUCACUGUGUUACGCCAAUCGCUCUGCGGCCCUCUUCUACAUGGAUGAAUAUGAAAUGUGUCUUAAAGAUAUCACGAGGGCACAGAUGCAUGGGUAUCCAGAAAGUUUGCAACCCAAGGUGACAUUGCGAAAGGUCGAGUGUCUGGUGACCCUGGGGAGACUACAGGAGGCAGGCCAGACCAUCAGGGAUCUUGAAAGUAACUUUGCUGCCAAACCAACUGUAGCAGCUGCCCAGUUUCAAAUUCUGCAGCGAAACCUGUGUCGUUUGAAAAUGAAAGUACAAGAAAGGGAGAGGCUCACAGCAACCUUCCCAACAACUCUAACGAAAAUCUUUGAGGAUAUGGACCUAAGGGAGGUGAAUGAACAGAUUCCUUGUGCCUCAUCCUCUGUCAGCCUGUGCAUGGACCCUUUACGAGGCCGCUAUCUGAUUGCCACAGAAGAUAUUCUCCCUGGAGAGCUCUUGGUGAAGGAGGAUGCUUUCGUGAGUGUCCUUAACCCUGGAGAAAGGCCCCCACUACAUCAAGGCCUAGCAAGCAAGUGGGAUACCAGAGUCACAAAUGGGGACCUCUACUGUCACCGAUGUUUGACGCACACUCUGGCCAUGGUUCCCUGUGACGGUUGCAGCUAUGCCAAGUACUGCAGCCACGAGUGUAUGCAGCAGGCCUGGGGGCUCUACCAUAACAGAGAGUGUCCUCUCGGGGGGCUGCUGCUCACACUGGGUAUCUUCUGCCACGUCGCGCUGAGGGCGACCCUUUUAGCUAGAUUCGAGGGUGCCAGCAAAGUCAUAAGGAAGCUUAGCAGUGAGAUUAGUAACAAGGACAUGUGCUCACCUGAAAGCGAGACUCCGGUACACACACUCCGUUCUGACCUGGGAGGGGAGAGUGAGGAGAAUGGCAACAUAGUUCAGACCCCAGUUCCAGGCUGUGAUGUCAACGGCAAAUAUGAAAAUAACUACAAUGCUGUCUUCCACCUCUUGCCCCAUACUGAGCACCAUAGCCCAGAAUACAAAUUCCUCUGUGCCCUCAGUGUGUCGGCGCUCUGCAGGCAGCUGGAAGCAGCCGACUCCUCGAAGCCAGACGCCGCAGCACCUCCUAUCUUGUGUUCCGAGUUGAGUACCUGGGGAGUGGCCAUGUUGAAGCACAUGUUACAGCUACAGUGCAAUGCUCAGGCCAUAACUACCAUUCAGCAGACAGCGCUUUCAGGAUCUGAAGAGAACAACGUCACCAACAGCAGGCAGGUCCGCCUUGCAACAGGCAUCUUCCCUGUUGUCAGCCUCCUGAACCACUCCUGCAGCCCCAACACCAGCAUGUCCUUCGUUAGCACUGUCGCCACCGUCCGGGCAUCAGAGAAGAUUGCAAAAGGGCAAGAGAUACUGCACUGCUAUGGGCCUCACCACAGUAGGAUGGCCGUCGCCGACAGGCAGCAGAAGCUGAGGGCUCAGUACUUCUUUGACUGCAGCUGCCCGGUGUGUCAGAAGGAGAAGCACAGAGCCACCGUCGGGCCCCGGUGGGAGGCAUUCUGUUGUGGCCGCUGCGGAGCGCUCCUGCAGGGAGGUGACGUUCUGAGCUGUGGCAGCACGUCCUGUAUGGAAUCGGUCAGCAGGGAUCACCUCAUCUCCCGGGUACAGGACCUUCAGCGGCAGGUUGGGGGUGCCCAGAAGCUUCUCGGAAACGGUCAAUUAGAGCAAGCCAUUCAGCUGUUGUUGGGGUGCCGACACGAUGCCGAGAGCUUCCUGUCACCAGAACACAGCGUGGUAGGCGAAAUGGAGGAUGCCCUGGCCCAGGCGUACGCUGCCUUAGGGGACUGGCAGAAGUCAGCUGCCCAUCUGCAGAAGAGUCUCCAAGUGGUUGAGGCUCAGCAUGGGCCAUCCAGUGUUGAAAUGGGCCACGAGCUCUUCAAACUGGCCCAGCUCUUUUUCAAUGGGUUUGCGAUCCCAGAAGCACUGAACACAAUUGAGAGGGCCGAAAAGGUUCUGCUGGUGCACUAUGGCCCUUGCAGUGACGAGAUCCAGGAGCUACAGAAGAUGAAAUCUUGCUUAUUGGACUCGCCACCCAUCUAACUGGGGCCUUCAGUGUAGGAUCCCAAGGUUUUCAGAUAGUUAACCACCCUCCCGUAAAAACUCCCAGUUUCCAGAAAAGAUGUAAAACUAGUGUCUGGAGAGCCUAAGCCCUUUAAAGGGAUUUUAGCUGAUCUGCAGGCAUCUGGAUGUUAGCCUGGGCUUUUGGCGAGACUCCACCUCACUAAAUGAUGAUCGUCUGUUUCCCUGGAACAUUCCUGUGGUUUCUAGUAGUAAUGAAAUGUUACGUACCACUCCAGUGGGCACUUAUGCUCUUAGUAGUUGUGUUGUAAUUGAAAAAUAAUUAUUAAGCAAGAAAUCACUGAGGCUCCUUACUUCCAGAGACACCAUUUCAUGUGUGGUAGCUAGCUUUCUCGAAUUCUUUGUUAAAACUAGUACGGUGAAAUUGUGAGUAGAGAAAGAAGUAUGGGGCCACUUUAUUGUUAGGCAGUCUCUUCCUGGGAUGGCAACUCUAAAUUUAUCUCCUACCAGUUUUCCAGUUUUUAUUGUCUGCCUCUCCUUCUGUACCCUUGGCAGACCUCCUGACCAAACACUAAUACAAUCAAGCUUAUGAUAAUGACAUGGGGGCCUCCUUUCUCCUGAAAAGAGACUCCCUUCUGCCGGACCUCCCCAGACUGGGAAAGGAAAUCCAACUGCAGGAGUCCUGAGCCACUUGGAGGUGUCUUUAGAAGGUGCCCCAGAGCACUGGCAUUGCUGCUUAUGGUUUCAGACUUGAGCAACAGAAGGGAGAGGUGAUAGCUCUUUUCUGCCUGGAUGUGUAGAGCAGUAGUCUAGACUUCCAUCCCGGCCAGGAGGCUGGGAGACGCACUGUUUUGAACCCAGGUUGCCGUGUCACGGUCUGGGACCAGGUGGGUCCAGUGAGUUAGUGGAAAGGAACAUCAGGUCCAUGGUGCUUUGAGAGCUUGACACCCUCCCCACCCCAGUCUGCCCAGGAAGUCCCCACUGCUAGCCUCAGCCUUACAGUCAGGAAAUGAAUAGCCUCAAGAUGUCUGGCAGGGGCUUUUCAGGAAACUUGAGUGUUUAGAACACAGCUUACAUUCAAACAUGUGAAUGAAGGUCAGGCAGAAGCUCAUUUAAUUCUUCUUUCUACUCAUUCCCUGUGGCAGGGUACAGUGGCCAGUGAGGUUUUUUUUUCGUGGAGAUAAAUUUUUCUUGUUGAAAAUUUAGUCCUGAGGACAGUUCUAUAUUCUGUCCCAAACACUUGUUGUGUUUCGUGUUCCUAAAAAAAGGUCGUGUUAUAGUCUGUAAAAUAGGCAUGCUCCCCUAAAAUGAAUGUGUUUAGAAUUUUAACAUGUCACAUUCCCAUUUUAGGUGUACUUGGGAGCUUUCCUUAAAUGCUUUAUGAAACAUUUCCUUAAGUUACGACUUACCUCUCCUAUCUGCCCAUGUGUUAGCUUGUGUUGUCAGGUGAUAUUAGCUUGACUAGGGGGAUAGCUGUGCUUGCAUGAAAAGCUAAAGUUUUGGGGCGCCUGGGUGACUAGCCGGUUGGGCGUCUGCCUUCAGCUCAGAUCGCGAUCCCAGGGUUAGGAUC